AUGGAGGAACUGGCAGCGCUUUUCACGGCAGUCGUUGCUUCGCAGCUGGCCUUCGACAGCUGGUCUGCCUUUCUGAUUUACGGAGGACGUUACAAGCUGCAGGGCGCCAGUUGGCAAAAGCAAUGGCGGCUGAUUGUCGUAAUCUUCCACAUCAUUUCUGCACCUGCUGCUGGCUUCUUGGCCCUCCAUGUGCCACGGAAUAUGCUCAUUUUGGUCGCUUCCGUUGCCAUUAGUGUGGGGCUUUCCACCUGUGCAUUGUCAUAUUUCCUUCCCUGGAUGGCCUUCUUCCUGCUCUUCCUUGCUUCCUUAAGCUUCGGAGUGGGUUCUGGUCUCAUGCAGCCUUUACUUUGGAGCCUGGUGAUGGAGAAAAGCGAAGCUAAACGCCGGGGCGCCGCCUUCGGCUUUCUGCACGGGAUGACCGUCUUCUCGAGAGUUCUUCAGAGUGAAAAUCCCUUCCUUGAAGUCCAAGAGCUCAUGUGGCUGUGGCCAUUGGCCGCCUCUGGCUUCAACAUCCUCACGGGAGCCAUGUGCGCCUUGCGUGUCACUGACAGCGCCGUAAAGCCGGAGCAGAACCUUCCGAUGAUCCUUGGGCGUCGCACCUUCUGGGUUCUCGCUGUCCCGGCAGGUCUGUUGAAAGCUUCCAGUUCGGCAUUCACGUCCCAGCUUCUGAACUGGUUUCCGCCUGGAUAUCGAAGGGUCGUCUUCACUUACCUGGGGCUGGGCAACGUCAUUUCUGCAGUCGUUGGCGGCGUGGCUUUGGACGGCAUUGACUCAAACAGCCCCGUCACAGGCUCUCCGUCCGUGCUAACAGCCACUGCAAUCCUUCCCAUCAUCGUCAUUAGCGUUGUUCUUUUCGUCCUCGACAUCUUGCGGAAGAGCUUCCUCGGCUUCCUGUUGAUGAGGGCGGGUGCGCUGGCGAUGGGUGCCUUCGGGACUUGGACCUGGUUCCCUGUGGUGACAGGCAAAAUGCUGAGCGACAUCGUGCGGCCUGAGGCUUAUAUCUAUCUCUAUGGGGUUUAUUUGGCCGUGGUGGACAUCCUCUACCUUGUGGUUCACGAUGGUAUGGGCUGGUGGGAGGAAGAGCCUGACAGGAACGUCAUUGCAUCACACUGCCUGCUCGGUGUCCUUCUGACCGUGUUGACCGUGCCGGUCUUCUUCGCCUACCCGGAGGAUCGGCAGGUCGUGGCGAGGGCAGUGCAAAUGGCAGAGGCGGACGGGGAAGGCACAGAGGAGCCUGCCGCAGAGCCCGCUUCCUGA